UCGAGCCAUUUCAAUCAGAGAUUGAUCAAGUUCUCGUCAGUUCAUUAGAUCGACAGUACGACCUUCUCGUAGUUACUGCAGACAAAAGUGUGAUAAAAUCUUCAAUUUUUUCUAAAUGACGUCUUGUUUUUUUUUAAAAAUGUUGCAUUCCAUACUAGGUAUUUGAACUUUGAAGUACGAAUAUUGUUCGCAGACAUUCUCGUCUACUGCAGCCCUAUCACCAGCGCACAUGAAGAAGAUGGAAAUUCUAUUGAGUUUUGUAUAUUUCAACUUGGCGUUUGCAUUCGCCGACUGGGAACAGACGAAAAUAUUGACUAAAAAGGGAGUUAAUGUAUCAGAUCCUUAUUUAGCCUCGACACAAGUCGCAGUUAAUUUUCAAGCUAUGAUUGAAAAUUCUAUAAUGUGGAUCGAUAAAUCGCUCUUCAUUGAUCAGAUCUGGAAAGAGUACCAAUACACAACUUUUAUAAAUACUUCGCCGAGGCGGUGGGGAAAGACGAUAUUACUAACCAUGUUGCAAUUUUACCAUCAGCUACCCAUUGAUGAUUUUGGAAAUGUGGAAAACAGAGACAAAUCUGCUAAUUACCUUUAUUUCACCAAAGGUAUAAUAACUACCGAUACCAAGGAUUCUGAAACUGACAGUCCACCGUUGAUUUCUCAGCGUGAAACCGUUAAUAACGAUCAUUUGGCAAGGCAUCCUGUUAUAAUGAUAGAUGGUACGAUGCUCACAAUUGAUGGUGGCUUGAGCCGUUUUCGUUCUAUGAUAGAAAAAGUUUAUCGCAGUCACCACUAUUUACACCAUUAUUUGAAGAUCAAAUCCACUAACCUUACUGCCACAAUCUCCGAGCGGGCAGGUGCUCAGUUAUGGUUGCAGAAAAUAGAUAAAUAUUACGUUUCAAGGAGUGAUCUAUCCGAAGGCGAAGUAGUGCGAAGCAUCGAAAUUUUGAGUUCAGCACUGCAUGAAGUGUAUGGGAAAAAAGUGAUAAUUUUAAUGGACGAAUACGAUGCUUUCGCUUCCAACACAUAUUUUCAUGAAGCUUUAGCACACUCAUUACCAUCAAAGAAGACUACUGAUGAUUUUGUAAAGCUCUUGAAAGAAUUCAUGCAGGCUACAUUCAAAACUAACACACAUUUUGAAAAAGGUUUUAUCACUGGUAUCCUGCCCAUCAGAGAGACAUCCGGACUCUCUGGUUUGAAUAACGUCGAUUUGAGGCACGGGUUUGGCGUCAAGGAUUUCUUCCCUUAUUACGGAACUUUUGAAGAAGAAUUUCGAAUACUAUAUUCCAAAAGGGGUAUUAAUCAAACAAAAAUGGAGAAUGCAGUUGAUAAAUAUGAUGGAUAUAGGACAUUGAGUCAUCUUGCUGUGCCUAUGUUCGCUCCUUUAUCUGCGAUUGGGUUUAUCAACUCGCAAGUAGUGACUGAUUAUUGGACAAUAUCCGGUAAGACUGAAAUUGUUAAUAAACUAUUUACACACGAUGAUUUCAAAAAAGAUGUCGGCGAGUUAUUUAAAAGUUGGCGGACCAAGACCACAAUCCUAUCAAUUUCAUAUGAUAAAAUGACAUCACUUACAUUGAGCGAUUUCGAAAUUAUUUAUAAUAUUACGUUCAACAUGUUAAAAUACGACUCAGCAGAACACUCAGAUAUUGUAUUUUCACUUUUGAUGGCCAUGGGAUACGUGUCGGUUCAUCCCCACCAAAUUGCACCGGAAGACUACCAGAAUAUGAAGGUUUUCAUUACAAUACCAAACUUCGAAGUUUACUAUCAAUAUAAAAAGCAUUUUCUCAAAUCAUCGAAAUUGGUUCCCCUUUCAGAUGAGAGAAAUACAUUAUCGAAUUUCAUAAAACAAAAACAAGAUGAUUGUAGCACGUUAGGUCCAUUAGCCAAAUCCUUAUCCCAAUAUUUGAUUCGUGUGUUGGGUGACAAACGUUUCGGGGAGUGCGAAAUAAAGGCAAACUUAUUAUCCGAAAUGUUGAAUCGUCGGUUUGCUGGUAAUGAAAAAAUUGUCGAAUCCUUUCUUUUGUCAUAUUUCAUCAGUGCAAUGGAAACUAAAAGAACAUUAGAAGACUGUAGUCCAUCAGAAAAGUAUCGAAUGGCAGAACAGGUUAAUUUUGUAGACGAAGUAACUAGCAGACAAAUAAUCGAUUUAGUCUUCACAGAUAAAUAUAAAUCGACCAUGUUGCUAGUUGAACUAAAAUAUGUCAAGCAAAAAAUGACACCCAGCGAAGAGAAAAAGUGGAGUUUGCCCAAGGCCUUUCAGCAGAGCCUUAGUUAUAUGACUGUCUUUCGGAAUAAGAAUAUCGAUGUACCCCAUGUCCAAUUUUUGGGAAUUCGGGUGCACUGGAAUGCCACUGUAGAGCUGAUGUGCAUCAGCAUGACACCAACCGAAGUAGAAAAACGAAUAGGAGAAGCUGAUACUUAUUUUGAAGAGCACAGCAAAGAUAAAAAAACGAAACCAGACCUUCGCGUGGAGUGGGCGGCCCACCAGUACGAUAAAAUAGUAAAAGAAACGCCGAACCGAAUAUGCAGUAGUGCAUAUGAUCCACAGAAACUAAACCCAACGUCAAUCUGCCAGGGAAUGAAUUCUAAUUUAAAAUUAACCCUUUAACCCAGAGGUCUAUUGUUCAAUUCUCAAAUAAAUUCGGUUUUUAAAAUGUCAAGAUAGAGGGCUAAAAUGUUGGGGGAUUUUUUUUCAUUUUUUUAGGAUUUCAGAUUUUUUAAGCCCUUUUCUAAUUACAAAUUUUUUUUUUGAAACUCGAGGCAGCCAAUCAAAAUGGGUGUAAGGUCUCUGCUCCGAAGAAGUUUUGAAUCAUUUGAUUUAGUUUCAUGGCUAAAGCAGAGACGCUCCAAAAAACCAACUUCGAUAGAGUGAAUAACUCAGAAGUGAAAGAUCCGUUGAAACGAGCCAAAGAACGAUCUCGAUAGAACCAUCUCGCAUAAAAAGUAUAAUGAGCGAACACGAGUAGGGGGAAAAUUACAUCAGAAAAAUUAACACCCUUCUUUCUGAUACACAUAGGGCGUAUUACUUCAUCGCAAUUGGUCCUCAACUUAUGUAUUUCAGCCAUAGGCACAUGAAGAAGUCGAAUCGGAAAAAUUAGAGUGGGCGGGUUCUGCGCCAGGAGGAUCUUAAAUUGUGUUCAGAUUCUUAUCUGAUGAUCUACUGAAAUCACUCGAUCUAAUUUGGAGGUCAAGUAAGAUCGUAUCAUGUUAGCAGAUUACCAAAUGGGAAUUUUGGGCGAUUUUGGAUCCUCCUGGCGCAUAACCCGCCCAUUCAAAAACUUCAGAUUUGACUCCGUUAUGUGCCUAUACGCAUGAUGAAAAUGCAUCAGAAUGGAAACUUUAAAACAGUUUUGGACCUUCCUAGCGCAUUGAUUGAUUGUGGGAUUUUCAAAAUGGGAAUUUUCACGCUAAUUUCUCAACCAAAAAAAAAAAAUGUAAGUUUCACUUUGCUAUAUUCAAAAUGAGUAAGUAAUAAAGUAAGUAGAUAUUUUUUGCGAAUCGAUUUGUAAAACAAAAAUUUUUGUAGGACGCGAAAAAUAGAAAUAUUUUCAUUUUUCAACAAUCUGGCAGUGACUGAAAAUUACAGUUGGGCAUUCCUUUUUUUGUACACGUAUGUACUAUGUGCAUAUUUGUACGUAUAUUAUGGUGUUCGCUAGUCAUGUCUUCAAUUUUUCAGAGCUUUUGAGACCAUUUUCAGAUGCUUUUCCAUUUUUGGUAAUUUUUCAGAAAAUAUUGAGCUUAAAAAAUACAUCUCUGGUUGAAAUUAAGCUUCGAAACUCUGAGCAGGAAUGAUUAUUCGCAAAAAAAAACUACUUAGGUACUCUUUUAAAUGCUGCGCCAUUUUUCAAAAAAAAAAAAAAAUCAUCUGCAUAAAUGUACAUCUUGUACGCGUAUUAUGUACAAUGUAUCUACAUCGAGCAAAAGCUUCCUUC